CGCGUCAAAAGACGUUGCUGUGCGUUUUACGAGGUGCGCCACUGAGGCUGUAAUUCUGACUUACUCUUUACUCAUGUUGUGUAUGUCAAUCAGCCACCUACAGGCGUAAACCGUGAACAGCUUAUUCCAACUAGGUGCGCUAUUUGCAACUACCCUAAAAAGACACUCAGAAAUAGUCUUUUUUUUUUUCUCCCCUCUCGCAGGGGCUCCAAGUGCGCAUGGGCCCCUGGGCCUGUGCACAUAAGGCCCAUUGGUUAAUCCGGCCCUGACAACUGGUCUGUCUUCAGAGAUGUAUCACUUACUGUUAAAAACACAUUUAGAAAACAACAGUUGUCACUUCCCUAACCAACAGAUGUGCUCUUGAGAAAAUUGUUUAUUGGUGAAUUUAAAACCACACUAAAGUUCCUUCUGCUAUUUUAAGCAGAAAUGAAUGUUUUGCCAUGUUGUGUGUGUUCAUGUGUGCAUCUCCAGUGAGGCAGUGUGGGAGAACAUGGCUCGUAUGUGUGUAAAAAGUCGUCGUCUGGACGUGGCUCGUGUGUGUCUGGGCAACAUGGGGAAUGCACGGGCAGCUCGAGCUCUCAGAGAUGCUGAAAAAGAGCCGGAGGUGGAGGCGCAGGUGGCUGUUCUGGCUACACAACUCGGCAUGCUGGAGGAUGCAGAGCAGUUGUAUAAGUCAUGCGGGAGGUUUGAUUUACUCAACAAGUUUUAUCAAGCGGCGGGUCAGUGGCAGCAGGCGGUGGAGACGGCAGAAACACACGACCGCAUUCACCUCCGCACCACUUACUACAGCUACGCCAAACACCUGGAGGCCAUGGGGGACAAGAACCUGGCGCUGGUGUAUUUUGAGAAGUCGGACACACAUCGGUUUGAAGUUCCACGAAUGUUAAUGGAGGAUAACGUUUCACUGGAGAUUUACAUCAAUAAAAUGAAGGACAAGGAUCUGUAUAAGUGGUGGGGUCAUUAUCUAGAGAGCCAAUCAGACAUGGAGGCUGCGCUGCAUUAUUACGACUUAGCUCAGGAUUACUUGUCUCAAGUGCGCGUGCACUGCUACCUGGGAAGCAUUCAAAAGGCGAGUGAAAUUGCCAAUGAAACUGGUAACAGAGCAGCAUCUUAUCAUGUUGCACGGCAAUACGAGGGACAGGAUGAAAUCAGCCAAUCGGUGCACUUCUAUACACGCGCACAAGCCUAUAAUAACGCCAUACGACUGUGUAAAGAGAACAACCUGGAUGACCAGCUUAUGAAUCUGGCGCUGCUUAGCAAUCCAGAGGACAUGAUGGACACGGCCAUGUAUUAUGAAGAGAAAGGAACGCAUAUGGACCGAGCUGUUAUGCUUUAUCAUAAGGCAGGUCAUGUCUCCAAGGCUCUGGAACUAGCUUUUGCAACUGAACAGUUUGGAGCCUUGCAGCUGAUCGCAGAGGACCUAAAUGAAGCCAGCGACCCUGCAUUAUUAGCACGCUGCUCGGAUUUCUUCAUAAAACACGCUCAGUACCAGAAAGCUGUGGAAUUGCUGGUGGCUGCCAAAAAGUACCAUGAGGCGCUCCAGUUGUGUUUGGACCAGAGUUUGACCAUCACAGAAGAUCUGGCUGAAAGUCUGACAGUGCCGAAAGACUCAACUCUUCUGUCUGAGGCCGGGAGGAAAGAGCUGCUGGAGAAAAUCGCAGAUUGUUGCAUGCGACAGGGAAACUACCACCUAGCCACAAAGAAAUACACACAAGCUGGAAACAAGAUCAAGGCGAUGCGAGCGCUGCUGAAAUCAGGAGAUACAGAGAAAAUAGUCUUUUUCGCUGGCGUUUCCAGACAGAAGGAGAUUUAUGUAAUGGCAGCCAAUUACCUGCAGUCACUGGACUGGAGGAACGACGCGGAGAUCAUGAAGAACAUCAUUAGCUUCUACACAAAAGGACGGGCGCUCGAGCUGCUCGCUGGUUUCUAUGAGGCCUGUGCCGAGGUGGAAAUUGACGAUUAUCAGAAUUAUGAGAAGGCGUACGGCGCUCUGACUGAGGCAUGUAAAUGUUUAACCAAAGCAAAAGGCCGCAGUGGAGAAGAAGCUGACGGCAAGCUGCUCAUACUGACUCACAGACUCGGACUUAUCAAGAGGUUCAUUCAGGCACGAAGAAUGCAUGAGGAGGAUCCAGUAGAAGCAGUGCGUUUGUGCGAGUCUCUGCUGGAAGAGAAGGAUCUGGAUCUGGCAGUGCGUGUUGGAGAUGUGUACGGCUUCCUGGUGGAACACUACUGCCAUCAUGGCAACUUCACGCAGGCAUGGAGUAAAAUAGAGGAAUUGAGAUCAACACAUCCCAAAAUAAACCUGAGCAUGUAUGUGAGUCAAACCAGUCUGGAGGCUUUACAAAAUGCUGCUGGGAUCCGCCUGGUCUACAAAGAUACCAACACUCAUGCUGCUGACGAUGAUGAAGAGGUGGAGGAAGAUGAAAACAUCAAUCAUUGACAACAAUUCCCUCAAGAUACUACAUACAUUUCACAAAAACUAGCCUACUAAAGUCUCACUAUCAAGUCUUGGUUUACUCCUCCAUUUUUCUAAAAUGUGCCAUGUUUCUAUUGGACUGCCAGUCUAGCAGAUGGGAUGUUUUUGGGAGAUGAUGUGAGAUUUUGUAAAAGCCAUUUUGCAGGUUGCCUUAAGUAGAGAGUAGCUUGUUUGCGAAUGCCCAGAAUGCAUAUUUGACGUGCGAGGCCUUUCAAUCAAGAAUAACACGGGACCACUAUAUUCGAGUUUUGUACAAUUUACAAACUAUGUAAUGACCAGACUUGUUCAACAACCUUUGUAUCAUAUAUAUUGUACUUAUUUUAAUAAAUAUUUUCUAUGUUUAUUAAAUCA